GAAUCAGCUCCCUCAGGGGUGUCCCAGGGCUCUGCAGGGAAUCAGCUGCCUUGGUUUUCCCUCAGGAGCAGAGCAGGGAUGGCCCAGGGGAGCUCGGAUGUUCCUGGUCCCUCCGAGGUCACCGGCUGAGGCUCCACAGCUCCUGCUGCUGCCCCAUCCCAAAAUGGGCAGGAUCAGCAUCUCCUGCCUGCUCCCGGCCUCGUGGCACUUCAGCCUCUCCCCCGUGGGGUGUCCCCGCAUCCUGAACGCGUCCCUGCGGCAGCUGCUGCUGCUGGGGGCGGCCGCGGCCGCGGCGGCGCUGCUGCUCUGCUCCCUGCUGCUGGUCCGGGGCAGGCACCGCGACGGGAAAUUCCAGAGGUACCUGGCCAGGGUGAGGGACACGGAGGCCACGGACACCGGGAACCCCAACCUGAGCUACGGCAUCGUGGUGGACUGCGGCAGCAGCGGCUCCCGCGUCUUCGUGUACUGCUGGCCCCGGCACAACGGCAACCCCAAGGACCUGCUGGACAUCCAGCAGAUGAGGGACAGCUCCAGGAAACCCGUGGUGAUGAAAAUCAAACCAGGCAUUGCCGAGUUUGCCGGCUCUCCGGACAAGGUCAGCGAUUACAUCUCGCCCCUGCUGAGCUUCGCUGCCCAGCACGUGCCCCGCUCCAAGCACAAGGAGACCCCUCUGUACAUCCUGUGCACUGCAGGCAUGAGGAUCCUGCCCGAGAGCCAGCAGAAAGCCAUCCUGGAGGAUCUGCUCACCGACAUCCCCGUGCACUUUGAUUUCCUCUUCUCUGACUCCCACGCUGAGGUGAUUUCUGGCAAGCAGGAAGGAGUCUAUGCAUGGAUUGGGAUCAACUUUGUCCUUGGAAGAUUUGAGCACACGGACGAUGAGGAUGAGGCCGUGGUGGAGGUCCCUGGCAGCGAGCACCACGAUCCCAUUUUCCGCAAGCGAACCGUGGGGAUCCUGGACAUGGGCGGGGUCUCCACUCAGAUCGCCUACGAGGUGCCCCAGAGUGAGGAGGUGGCCAAGGGGCUGCUGGCCGAGGUGAACCUGGGCUGCGACGCGCACCAGACGGAGCACGUGUACCGCGUCUACGUGGCCACCUUCCUGGGCUUCGGCGGCAACGCCGCGCGCCGGCGCUACGAGGAGAGCCUGAUCUCCAGCAGCCUGCUCAGGAACAGGCAGGCCGGGCUGAGCCCCCAGGCCCCGGUCCCGGACCCGUGCCUGCCGCGGGACGCGCAGGACGAGCUGCGGCACCGGGGGCUGCGCCUGCAGCUGCGCGGCACCGGCGACUUCCAGCUGUGCCGGGAGCGGCUGCGGCCGCUGCUGAACCGAACCAACGGCACCGGGAGCUCCCUGAACGGCGUCGUGCAGCCCCCCCUGCGCCUGCAGAGCAGCGAAUUCUACGGCUUCUCCGAGUUCUACUACUGCACCGAGGACGUGCUGCGCAUGGGCGGCGACUACAGCGCAGCCAGAUUCACCAGGGCUGCUCAGGAUUAUUGUGCCACGCGGUGGUCGGUGCUGCGGGAGCGCUUCGAGCGCGGCCUCUACGCCCCCCACGCGGAUCUGCACCGGCUCAAGUUCCAGUGCUUUAAGUCUGCCUGGAUGUUUGAGGUUUUCCACCGGGGCUUUUCCUUCCCGGAGAGCUACGGGAGCCUGAAGACGGCGCUGCAGGUCUACGACAAGGAGGUGCAGUGGACGCUGGGGGCCAUCCUCUACCGGACCCGCUUCCUGCCCCUCAGGGACAUCCAGCAGGAGAAUUUCCGUGGCACUCACUCCCACUGGAGGAGUUUCUCCUUUGUGUACAACCACUUCCUGUUCCUGGCCUGUUUCCUGGUGGUGCUGCUCUCCAUCCUGCUCUACCUGCUCCGCCUGCGCCGCAUCCACCGCCGGCCGCUGCCGCCCGGCGCCGGCCCCGCUCCCCUCUGGCUGCCCGAGGGGCUCCCCCCGCAGAAAACCCCGGGGUAGGCUCCAGGCUGGGCCCUCCAUCCACACACACACACAGAAAAAAGCCAUUUUUGCCUCAGGGUUCCUCCCCUUUUUGGUUUUUUUUGCCCCUUUCGGAGAAGCGGAGUUGGGAAUUCCGGGCAGGCUUGGGAAUUCCGGGGGAAUGGGGCGGUGAGGGAAAAAUGCCAAAAAUAAAAUUGAUUUUGUUGGGAAUGUUGCACUUGGGGGCGUGCAGGAGAGGAUGAGUUGAGUUCCCACCUUUGGGAGAGGCUGAAAUCCCAGAAUGAGCUUGGGUUUUCCCAGUCGGAAAUGGGAAAAUGGGAUUGGAAUGAGUUUGGAUUUUCCUUGCUGCAUUCCAGCACUGCCAUCCCUGCUCUCACUUUGGAGUCUCAAAUAACAACAAGUUCCAAAAGCAGGAAAAAAACAACAAAAACCCAACCCUUUUAGGGCAUUUUCUGUGAUUUUCCCUUCUGGAAUCACUCCUGGGAUGGAGAAGGAAAAUCCCUCACAUCCAAUGCUGUGCUUCCAUAAAAAACUGCUUCCAUCUCUUCUGCUCCCUCCUUUUUUUCCUUGGAAGAGGGAAAAGGAUUUCCUCCUUUUUCGCCCUCCCAGUGGCACCAGUCGCUGCUUUUAAUCCCAAAUUUCUGUUCCAUAAUUGUGGAGAGACCUCCCAGAAACUCCAGGAAUGUGAAGAGAACUGGAAAAGCAGAGGAGAACGUGCACAGGGUCUUUCCAAGUCCUCUGGUAAUUUAUAUUUUAUUUAAAACUGUUGAUUUUACUUGAAAGUCAAUUUGUCCAUGAUUAAAAGUGGGAUUUCUAUGAA